AUGGCGCACCAAGCGACCGAGAAUGAUUCGGAGUCAUGGAAUCCGGCAUCACGGCCCGAUAACAAUAAUUCCCCUGUUACGAUCCAGAGUGGGUUGUCGGACCCGAUUGCGGCGGACGGGCCAAAGGACAGGUCACUAGACGAUGUUGUAUCGCCACAGAGUGAGGAUUUCUCUGCGUGGGAUAUAUCCGAUGAGGUAGAUGGGAUUCAGCCUCAAUACACGAGCUUAGACGUGCUAGUGAACAAUGAAUCACCAGUGGUGGACCAGGAUAUGUGCCUAGACACCGAUUCCGUCGAUAAGAGCAGUCAUGUCCCCGAUGAGACGAUCGCAGCGACUCAUACAACUACGCCAUCUAUUGAAAAUGCAGAUACCGUCCUAAGCCAGACACUGCCAAAAACUCAACCCGCGCAACCAGUUCAGAUUGAAGCACCUUCAGUCCAUGGCGCGGAGACCAGUAAUAGCUUUCCCACCAUCAUAAACGGGUUUCCUUCUGUUCAUACCGAAAACUCAGAUACUGUUGUGCCCACUGUCGCACCUGAACAAGAAACAGCGCCGGAGUCGACGUUUGUGGGAGAGACUACACCUCCAAGAGAGGAAACAACGGCAUCCGAGCCUACAUUGGACACUUCUAAAAAUAAAUAUACCUCUCAGUCCACUCCCACCGACGAACUGUUCCCGGGAACGGACGCAGACAAUGCCGAUUCUGAAAAUCCCUGGGCCACCUUCGAGAAGGACCUGAGCAAUACGCUGCCCUCCACCGAAGAGGCCACCCCUCAUAAUAUCUCAGAGCUCGCCUCAACCUCUACUCAAAUCCAGGAUAGCGACGAGCCAAAUUUUGUUGAAGAAGCUGUACGUCCAUUGCCAGAGGAAACAGCAUUCACAGGUGCCACACGUGAUGCGGAGAGUCUUGAUGUCUUCAACUCAACUGAAAAUGCCAUCGCCCCGACCGAAAAUGAGCAAAUUGAUCUCGUGUCUCACUCGAUAAAUGUUGAAUCUGGGAAUACCGGAUCACCAUCUCCUAUCGCGGAGGCCUUUGCGCCGACCAACGACGCCCAUCUAGAUCCGGCCGCAGCGGGCGUGGAUACAACCACACAGGAUCAACCUUUCUGGGCAAACGAGUCAAGCGGUGAAGUGGAGUCCGAUGAGGACGGCUUUUUUGACCAACUGAACAGCCAGACAAAGCCUAUCUUUGCCCCGCCAGAAGCUGAAUCCAGGUUUGAGGAAGGGGUUCCGUUGUUAGAUGAGUCUACACCGGCUUCGCCUCAACACCCAACGGAACAGGAGACAUCAAUAGACAGUGUGUUUGCCAACGAUGAAGACGAUGUAGAUGACUUCUUCAUCUCGGCUCCAAAGACAGAGGCUAAGAACGCCGAUGAGGAUUUCUUCGCCUCCACCCCAAAGAAAGAGCCCGAGGAGCAACCCGUUGUUCAUAUCGCACGAAAGAGCACAUCUCAGGUCUUGGAAUCAGCCGGGUUUGCUCUCGAUUCCCCGGUUAGUGACACUUCGGCCGCAGCGCAGUUUGAUGAUGCCCUGAAGGCUGCGUCGUUGGAGCCCCAAACAAUGGCCGAUCCAUCGGAGGAGGAGCUAGCGGCACGGUGGGAAGCUGAACUCGGUGACUCACUGGACGAUGAUCUGGCGGCUCGUUGGGAGGCGGCAUUGGACGAUGACGACAUACUGCUGGAGACUGAAGCUGCCCAGUCUGUCUCUGAACAGGAGCACGCUCAUCAAACCCCUGUUCAGCCUGUCAACGACGGUUUGGUGGUUGGCUUGAACAGUCCGUUCCAGACCCCACAAGUCUUUUCUCAGCCAAGACCUGUUCCUAAUAUAUACACACCCCACCAACCGUCCACUGGUGAUCUUUUGCAGAAUAUUCCUCUCCCAGGAACUGCGCCGCCAACCACGGGAGCGAUGUCAUCAUACUUCUCGCAACAGCCGCAGAACCCCGUGGCAAUCAGGGGAGAGAGCUUUGCUGAGCGGUCAAAAGAGGGUUAUAAAUCUCCUUACGACCUUCCAGAUGAUAUCUCCCGACCCCGAAAGCCGGUCGUUACCCACAAACCUGUUCCUCCACCAGUAAUUAGUAUGCCACCGCCUCCUCUUCCAUGUGCCUCUGGCAUACCGAUUCCUGCUGUAGCUGGCUUCCCCCCUCCGGCAGCUCCCCCCUCAGCCCUGGCCGCUCCUCCUGCGCCGAAGAAUUUCUAUGAGGAACUCCCUCUGCCGCCACCAAGAUCUAGGCCUGCCAGCUCAGGUCGGUACACCCCUAAUCCGCAGACGGCGCCGACGAUGACCGGAUCGUCUCUUCCUCCUCCCCAGGUUCAAUAUGCUUCUGUUGUACCACCAGCCCCACAACCUAUCGGGCUCCCAAUCCAAUCCACACUUCAGCCACCUGAACAGCUGGAUCCAUAUGCUAGCCUGUCAUCGAGUGCCCCGGUCGGACCUCCUACCGUUGCAAGGUACUCUCCUCAACCUCCUGGUUUUCAAGCACCCCCAAAGCCACCUUCGUUGCCGAGAUAUUCGCCUGCGCCCCCUCCUACCUCUUCUGUUCGCAAUCGUUAUGCCUCACAGCCGCUUAACGUUCCUGGCCAAAAUUUGCCUUUCCAGCCACGGACUUCAAGUCCUCUUGCACACCAUGAAAAGGUUUCUUACCAGCCUGAUCAAUCACACAGGCCCCCAUCGCUUGAGCCUGCGAUCAACCUUUCUUCGCCGCGCGAGCAAGGAGCUGGUUUCGGACAAAUCCCACCUAGUGCUCCGCAAUAUUUCAACGGUCCUGCCAACCUACCGCGGAGAGAAAGUGCGGGCUCACCUCUCCAGCCAUCUCCGCCUCAAAGUCGCUAUGCCCCUCAGGAAUAUCUCAAUGAAUUCGCUCAGCGUCUUGCGCCGGGUCCAGAACACGCUCCUCCUGCUCCUCCUGCUCCCCCGGCCAAUGGAUUGUCUCCACCACCUAGCGAUUUCCAAAUGGGUCCACUUCGCAGAUCUCAGACUCAGUCACCUGCCCGGGACUUGACGAGCCCGCGAUCCUACGGACAAGACAUCGAUCCCCUCCAACGGCCGGCUUCGGUGCAAGUUUCAAGCUUGCCAAUUCAAACCGUGAAUCCGUAUGCUCCUGUGAAGCCUGUUCAUCAAACCCGUGCUCCGACGCAUCAUCUGGAAUUUAUCGCUCCCAAUGAUGGGCAGGAGCAUGAUCCCUUGGAACGAUGGAAAGGUGCUCCGAUCUUCAAAUUCGGGUUCGGUGGAUCCAUGGUAUCUUGUUUUCCCAAGCACGUCCCUCGCUAUUCCAUUGGACAAGUGGCGCCAAUGAUUCAACCCACUCUUGGUGAACCGAAAAUCUCCCAGCUGAGCGAGUGGCUGCCCUCCGCUGAUACCAUUGUCCAGCACCCUGGGCCUCUCAAGGCAAAGUCAAAGAAGAAGGAUUUGGUUGCUUGGCUUUCUAGCAAGAUUGCAGCAUUCGAAAAUUCAGACCUUCCAAGCUACGAACAGGUUCAGUCUGAUACGCACAAACGCCAGGAGGAGAAAACCCUUCUCUGGAAAGUUGUGAAGCUUCUGGUAGAGAAUGACGGUAAUCUGGAGAGUUCCCCUGAAAUUCAAACCUCUCUCCGACAUAUCAUCUUCCCCAACCUACCCAACUCCGACGCAGACGGAUCAUACGCAAGCAGCUUAGCCCCCUCGGGAGGGGUUGCCCCUUCGGAAACGCCUUUGCAGGCUGAUGCUGUUGAUGCACAGUGGUUGGAAGAGCUUCGACUACACUUAAUAUGUGGCGAUCGAGAGAAGGCCGUGUGGAGCGCUGUCGAUCGACGUCUUUGGGGACAUGCGAUGAUCAUCUCAUCCACCAUGGACAGGUCAAUAUCGAAACAGGUCGCGCAGGAGUUUGUCCGCCGCGAGGUCCGAUCGAAAUCCGCAAACACCGAGUCACUUGCAGCCCUCUACGAGAUUUUCGCUGGCAAUAUCGAAGAAAGCAUCGACGAACUCGUUGCCCCGUCUGCCCGGGCAGGUCUGCAACUUAUUAGCAUGGCCAAUGGCCAGGGGUCUACCAAAAAUGCCCUCGAGGGUUUAGACAAAUGGAGGGAUACCUUGGGACUGGUUUUGAGUAACCGAAGUCCUGGGGACCACCAAGCCCUUUUUUCUCUUGGACAUCUGCUUAGUUCUUAUGGACGGACGGAGGCAGCUCACGUUUGUUACAUCUUCUCGCGCGCUGCCGUUUUCGGUGGCCCGGAUGAUCCACAGGCCAACAUCACUCUCCUUGGUGCUGACCAUCAGCGUUGCCCUUCUUCCUUGAUGGAUGAAGAUGCUAUCUUGCUGACCGAGGCCUAUGAGUUUGCUAUGUCUGUUCUCGGCAACUCUCCCACAGCUCAUCUGCCACAUCUGUUGGCAUUUAAGAUACUGAAUGCCAGGUGCCUCGUAGACCAGGGUCGCAAUUUAGAGGCGCAAGGCUAUUGCGACGCAGUGGCAGCGGCAUUGAAAGCAACCACUCGUCCCUCGCCCUACUAUCACCAACACCUCUUUGCGGAAGUUGAAGAGUUGUCUGCUCGUCUGCGCCAAACAACCAGCGACAGUGGCUCUUGGAUCUCGAGACCAAGCAUGGAAAAGGUCUCGGGGUCUAUGUGGGCUCGUUUCAAUAGCUUCGUGGUAGGCGAUGAUAGCGAUGCUGCAUCGACUGGAUCCGGCAAGGGUGGCGAGCAUGCGGAGUUUGGUCCUUUUGCAAACGUGGCCGGCACCCCAACAAUUAGCCGCUCACCUUCUGUAUCUGAAAUAUACGGCUCUUAUCCUGGAGCCGCGGCUGGAGCGCCGCUUAUUCCUACCAGCGGCGCGUCCAAGUAUCACCCAUCGAGCCAAUAUGCGCCUGGUGCCUCACCUGAGCAGUUCAAGGGCCGAUCGUCAAUAGAUUCUCAGAGAUCUGCUUCCUACUUCCCACCCUAUGGACAACGCCGAAGCUCACAGGAACUCUCGCCCUCGAUUGAUCAACAGAUGUCCUAUGGAGCUCCAGGGUAUGGGUCGCCAAGCGCGGGUGGGUAUCAACCAACACCACCUCAAUCCUCUUAUAUUCCUCUUGCUCCGGUAGAAGAAGCUACGUCACCGGCUGAAGCUCAUCCGGCUGCACAGUCUAUGGUGAAUGGUCUCUUUUACCAUCCUCCUGGCCAGGCUGCCACAUCCAGCCAAUCCCCAUAUUAUCAAGGCCCUCCUGGUAUGCCAGCCAGUGUACCAGACUCAGAGUCACCCUACGCACCUCCCGCUGCCAGCUCAUCUUAUGAGCCGGUCUCUUAUGAGCCAAAUUCUUACGAGCCAGCUGCGGCUGGUGUAGACAUGGGCUAUGGUUCCCAGGAGGAGGACCUGCCACGGGCCGCGGAGCAGCCAAGGAAGCAGUCGAUCAUGGAUGACGACGACGACGAUCUUGCUGCCCGGGCAGCGGCUAUCCAAAAAGCGGAGAAUGAUCGCAAGGCCAACGAAGCGUUCGCAAAAGCCGCCGAGGAAGAUGCUAAAAAGGGUCCCCAACAAUCUGGCAAGAAGGGCUGGUUUGGUGGUUGGUUCGGCGGAGCUAAGAAAGAAGAAAACUCCGGUGGCGGUCCUAUCAGAGCUAAACUUGGCGAAGAGAGCUCCUUUUACUACGACAAGGAACUGAAGAAAUGGGUCAACAAGAAAGACCCCGGUAGUAGCGCGCCUGUGCAUGCCACCCCGCCCCCUCCUCGAAGAUCCGCUCCCCCCAGUCGGACUGCGAGCUCAAAUAGUAUGCCCCAAAACGGUGCGCCCCCGAUGCCCCCGAUGCCCCCAAUGUCGGUCUCUGGUGGCCGGCCUCAAUCUUCCUCUACCGCCGCACCGCCUUUCUUGUCCCCCAGCCCAGGCUUCCCUGGUCUCGCGCCUCGGUCCGUUUCUACGGGAGCGGCCAUGCCAACACCGCCCGGUAGUUCCAGUGGCCCGCCGCCACGGCCUUCUUCGUCCUUGACUCAUGCUAGCUCAAUUGACGAUUUGAUCGGUGCGCCUCAGGCGCGCAAGGGCAGCGCAGUUCGCGGCAAGAAGAAGGGACGCUACGUUGACGUGAUGGCUAAAUAA